AUGGCUAAGCGGUUAGAAGAACGAGAUAUUGAGAAUAUUUUAUCAGCUCUCGAAAGUGGAGAUAUUUCUGAAGAUGAGGAGUGUAUAGGCGACGAAAAUGAACUAGAUUACUACCCUAAUGUACAAGAUCUGAUACAGGACUUAGAAGAUGCAGAGGAAUUAGAUCAAAACGAUGUAGAUCCUGAUUUAGCAAUUGAAGAAGACCAUCCAUCAGAUGAGUUUGUAGUUCCAGGACCAUCAUCUAGUCGGGCACUAUCAGAUCGGAUCUUGCGGAGACCUUAUGCAAUUAUAAAAAAUAUACUGAACCCAAAAGAGGAAGGCCUUCAAGCAGUAAUAUAG